AUGCCCACCAAGUUUGUGCUGCGCACGCUUAAGGGCAGAACACUCUAUGACAACCUGCCGCUGGAGGCAUAUGGCCUUGGCGCCCUGUUCACCACAUGGCAGCUGCGUCUCAUCUCUCUGGACCAGCCCGACAGCACCGGUAACUUUGUCGUUGAGUUCAUGAUGCCUGACUCGCCAGAGUUCAAGGGCAUGCAGAAGAAGGCCAUCAAAGUGGAUGCCUAUCAGCCUUUGAAGAGAAUCAUGAAGGGACUGUGCGAUAAGCUCAAGAUACCAAAGUAUCACUACUAUGACUUGGUUGGACCAGAUGGAAAGGUGGUUGGAGGCGAUGACAACCUCUCUAGUAUUGGACUGGGCAUCAAGUUUAAGACCUGCAAGGUGGUGUUGAAGAAGAAAACCUUCCCUGUGGGCAAGAACCCAGAGAUUGACACACCAAUGGUGCGCUCAGUCGUUGAGGACAUGAUCGAGGCCGUGUGGAUAAAGUUGAAGGAGCGUCAUCAGGAGCGCAUUAGGAUCUACAUCAAGAAGCUUCUGGAGUAUCAGAUAGAUCAGACCUUCAUCGAGAUAUCCAAGGCCGAGACUGUGCCCAAGCGUGUGGCCAUGCUCUGCAGGAACAACCGUGCCGAGUUCUAUCAGCUACUCGGAUCAAAAGAGGAGGACGACCUGAUCAUCUCGGAAACGGAUGGCUACAAGAACAUGCUGAUCAAUGCAAGGAGUGUUGUGGAGACAGACCUGGAGCCAUCUGCAAACUACCCGCUGUACAAGGGCAAUAGAAUGGUGCCGGGAUACAACCCGUACAAGUCAUCUGCAGGCGGCCUGCCGACACUCAGAGACAUCAAGUUGAGCAAUGCCAGGAACAACUUUAUGUCAGACCUGGGCGAUGCCAGACGCAAGGUGCACAUUCCACAUCUGAAACAUACGGCCACGUCCAAGUAUGCGGUGCCAGGCGUCAAUUCAGCUGCCACCUCCAUUGUAUCACUACUCUCACUCAAGCCUGGCACAGCCAAGCUUGUACAACAGCUAAAGUCCAAGAUGUCCGAUGUCAAGGAGACCCAUGACGACAACGAGAUCGAGGACUUGAUACCAUCACAUAAGCAACAACAUUAA